AUGUCUGCCUCAGCCAGUGAGUCAGUGCUGCUGCGCUUCCCUGAGUCAGAGGGUGCGGUCCCCCACUUCCUGCUGUACCAGUUUCUGUCGGGUUCCUUCGUGGAGUCGCCUUCAGGCAGGUCCCUCGCUGUCGGAACCAAGGCCGGCUACAAGCUGUUUUCCCUGAGCUCCGUGGAACAGCUGGACCACGUCCACGGAAGCAGUAAGUGUGUGUGUGGCUGUCGGAGCAUCACGUCCUCCUGCCGGACUCCCAGCCGGGCUCCUGAGCUUUCCAUUCCCCUCCAACCCCGUGAGCUGUCACACCUAGAGUCCAGGCUGCUGGUCUGCCUGGAGGAGUCCAUUUACAUUCACAAUAUCAAGGACAUGAAGCUUCUGAAAACCAUCCUGGAUAUUCCCGCAAACCCGACAGAAUUAUGUGUGCUUUCUUUAUCCUUUACNAAUUCCUACGUGGCCUAUCCUGGGAGCCUGACCACAGGCGAGAUUGUGCUCUACGACGGACACUCCCUGAAGGCUGUCUGCACCAUCGCUGCCCACGAGGGCACGCUGGCUGCCAUCGCCUUCAACUCCUCGGGCUCCAGGCUGGCCAGCGCCUCCGAGAAGGGCACGGUCAUCCGGGUGUUCUCCGUUCCCGAUGGGCAGAAGCUCUAUGAGUUCCGGAGAGGGGUGAAAAGGUACGUGACCAUCAGCUCCCUGGCUUUCAGCAUGGACUCGCAAUUCCUCUGCGCCUCCAGCAACACGGAGACCGUGCACAUCUUCAAGCUGGAGCAUCUCGCCAACAGCCGACCCGAGGAGCCCUCGACCUGGACUGGCUACGUGGGGAAGAUGUUCCUGGCUGCAUCCAACUACCUCCCCACCCAGGUGUCCGACAUGAUGAACCAGGACAGGGCCUUCGCCACCGGGCGUCUGGGCUUCUCCGGCCACAGGAACAUCUGCACACUCGCCACGAUCCAGAAGCUGCCGCGGCUCCUGGUCGCGUCGUCCAGUGGGCACCUGUAUGUUUACAACCUGGACCCUCAGGACGGAGGAGACUGUGUCCUCAUCAAGACCCACAGCUUGCUUGGCUCAGGAACCAGCGAAGAGAAUAAAGAAAACGACCUCAGACCGCCCUUACCUCAGUCUUACGCCGCGACAGUAGCCAGGCCGAGUGCGUCCGCAGCCUCCACCGUGCCAGGUUACUCCGAGGACGGCGGGGCGCUCCGCGGCGAGGUCAUUCCCGAACACGAGUUUGCCACGGGACCGGUGUGUCUGGACGACGAGAACGAGUUCCCUCCUAUCACCUCGUGCCGUGGAGAUCAGCAGGACAAGGCCGCGCCGUCCUGACGGGCAGCAGGACCGCCCCGGUCAGGAGGUUCUGGAGCAAACGAGGAAGGUGGACGAAAGGCAGGCGGCUGAGUGAGCAGCACCGGGGGUCAGAACCCCCGGGGACGCAGUUCUCGCCGGGCGAGCUCCUCUCAGCUGGCGGGCGCGGGGGCCGGCGUGCACCCACGUCCUGCCCUGGAAAGCGUGUCCCAGCCGCAGCGUCCACGUGAACAAACCGUAUCCAUCGACAACCCGAAUUUUACAUUAGCAAGGGCAUCCUUUUGAACAUGUAUGCUGUGUAUAAAAUGUACCUAUAGAACACCUCUCAGAACUGUAUUCCUUGUAUGUGACUCAAGAGAGGCUGUUGUCGCCAGGCAAAAGAUGUUUGCAGUGAUCGGAAUAAAUCAUUUAUGACCUUUCAGUCCCAUUUAGGACACUAAUAAAAUAAUCAUGGCAAUACACUUGA